AUGCGUUCCAACUCAGGAGUUGAAUUUGAGAGCCAACCAGACGGCACUGGGUUCAAGGAUGAUGGAGAACGAAAGAAAGAGACCAAUAUUGAAAAAGCCGAGAGCGUCAUUGAAGGCGUCACAGAGGAGCAGGAUCAGUUCAAACCGCUUCCUGGAGUGAAGUCCUACGAUGGAAGAAGAAUCUUGACGGUGCGUGCCGUCGCCACAGGCAUAUUUUUGGGCUCAGUUAUCAACUGCUCAAAUCUUUAUCUUGGUCUGAUGACCGGAUUUGGCGCUGAUGCCACUUUAUUUGCGUCCAUUUUCGGCUACGCUAUUUGCAAAGCUCUGGAAAAGUCAAAGAUUCCCUUCUUGAGCGGUGAUUUCGGGCCUCAUGAGAACAAUAUCAUUCAAGCCGCCGCCCUGGGAUGCAUCGGCAUCGGCUUCAUGUUCAUGAGCGGUGUCCCUGCCAUGUACCAACUACAUCUCCUGGGACCGACCCCGCAGUCGGACUUUGGAAGAAUGAUUUGGUUCGCCCUUGUUGCAGGAUUCUGGGGACUUGGUUUUACCGUGCCGCUGCGCAACUUAUUCAUCCUCCGCCUCGCACGUCAACUCAGCUUGUACUUCCCGCUUGGAACGGCGUCUGCGAUCACGAUUCAGACGCUGCAUUCGAUCGAAGGCAGCACAGGACAGGCACGGCAACACGUCAAGGCCAUCAGCAUGUCCUUCGUCUUCUCGCUGAUUUGGUCUGUGGCUACUUCAUAUGCGCCUGGUAUUCUUUACACCUGGAAUCCCUUGUGGUGGAUUUUUAAAUGGGGAGGACGGUCUGUGAUUUCUGCCAUCAGUUGGGGCUGGUUCUCAUGGUCGUGGUCUCCCUCCAUGAUAGGGAUAGGCGCCCUCAUUGACUUGAACGCGGCACUAUCAUAUUUACUGGGAACGGUACUCGCCUGGGGAGUGGUGGGCCCGAUCAUUGUACACAAAGGCGCUGCCGUUGGCAUACCCUAUGCACCUGACUAUCCCGAGCUUCUCACGUACAACGCUUUCAUUCCGACUCAGUUCAGCACAACGCCCUCCCCACGUUACUGGAUGCUUUGGCCCGCGACAUUCAUGAUGCUUGGUGUCUCUCUCACGACAAUUCUCCUCGAGGCAAAGAACUUUGCACGGAUGGCGAAGUACGGUAUCUUGAAUGUCCAAGCCAAGUUCACUCGGCGAAGAGACGCAAGUGCAGAUUCAGUGAUGGUUCUGAAGAAAGGGGAAAUCGCCGGCGAGAUCCCAGAUCCUGUCGCUCCCGCAUAUCAAGUGCGAUGGUGGGAGUGGUCAUCAGUGACACUUGUCUCCGUCAUCGUUGCCCUUGUGGCUCUCAAAUACGUCUUCGGUAUACCGCCAGCACUGAACUUACUCAAUCUUGCUCUCGGCUUCAUGUGGUCUUUUGUCGUCAUUCAGGUUUAUGGCGCCUCGGGAACAACACCCAUCACAACCGUCGCGAAGGGCUCUCAAUUCAUUACAGGUGGCAUUCUCCGCCACGAGAUCCACCAACAAGGCUAUGAAUCAGUAGCUCGGAUCAACCUCGCAGGAUGUGUCAUAAGCUCGGCGGCUGCUCAACAGGCAGGUGAGUUAUGCCAAGACUUCCGCACUGGCUUCUUGCUCGGCACUCCGGCACGACCCCAAUGGCACGCGCAGAUGAUUGGCACUUUCGUCGCUGUGUUCCUGUCGCCAGCGAUAUUCCUCUUAUUUGCAAAGGCAUUCCCAUGCAUUCUCGAUGCCGAGGCAACGACCUGCCAGUUCACUCUUCCAGCGGUUACAUCCUGGCGCGUCGUCACUCAGGCAAUCUUCAUGGACACAUUUCCCAUAUCUCAGUCCAGCUGGAUCUUUUCUAUAUUGAUGACGCUCCUUGGAAUGGGGAGUGUUGCCCUCAAGAGAUACCUCGUCGGUCACAAACGCCUCAGCUCUUAUCAAGUUUGGGUUCCGAACAUGUCGCUCGUGGGCCUGGCGAUGACUAUCCCAGGGUCUUCAGUGACUUUGACGGUUACUAUCGGAGCUGUUACCGCGCAUCUGUGGAAGCUAUACUCCCCAAGAACGCAUGAAAGAUUUCUUUAUGCUGUUGCGGCAGGUGGAGUGGCUGGUGAGGGUGUCGGGUAUGUUGUGCAGAGCAUUCUCCAGAUUGCUGGAGUGGCGGGAGUGGGAACAACGUUAGGAUGCGUGGCUGAGAUUUGCUGA